CGUCAUCACUACGCGCCGGGGACAGCGGCGCCGCGUGAGGCGGGAGCGCGGCAUGGCGGCGGCGGCGGCGCGGAGGGGGCGGUGCCUCGCGGCUCUGCUGCGUGCCGGGACCGGGCCGCGGGUGGCCGCAGCAAAAGGAGCAGCAUGCCUCCGAAGAGAAGUACUCUGUUCUUGGAGGCUCCCACACCACGUUCCUGCUGCCUGCAUUUCUGCCUGCCGGACGUACAGCACGCAGACGGCGGAGAGCAAGGAGGAAGAGCCCCUGCACACCAUCAUCAGCAACACGGAGAACGUGAAAGGUGCAGCCUCCAAGCAUGAGUUUCAGGCUGAAACAAAGAAGCUGCUGGAUAUUGUUGCCCGUUCCUUGUACUCGGAGAAGGAGGUGUUUAUCCGGGAGCUGAUCUCCAACGGCAGCGAUGCGCUGGAGAAGCUGCGCCAUCGGCUAAUGGCAGAAGGGAAGGCCUUGCCAGAGAUGGAGAUUCACCUGCAGACGGACAGUGGGAAGGGAACCAUCACUAUCCAGGACACAGGCAUUGGGAUGACCCAGGAGGAGCUUGUUUCUAACCUUGGUACCAUUGCUCGAUCAGGCUCAAAGGCGUUUCUGGAUGCUCUGCAGAGCCAAGCUGAAGCCAGCAGUAAAAUCAUUGGCCAGUUUGGAGUAGGCUUCUACUCAGCCUUCAUGGUGGCUGAUAAAGUGGAGGUGUUCUCACAGUCUGCAGAGCCGGGGAGCCUGGGCUACCACUGGUCUUCAGAUGGCUCAGGAGUGUUUGAGAUCGCAGAAGCGUCUGGUGUCAGAACUGGGACUAAGAUUAUUGUACAUCUCAAAGAAGACUGCAAGGAGUUUGCAAAUGAAGAUCGAGUCAAGGAGGUGGUGACAAAAUACAGCAACUUCAUCAGCUUCCCGCUGUAUCUCAACGGGAGACGAAUUAACACGUUACAGGCACUCUGGAUGCUGGACCCCAAGGACAUCGGUGAGUGGCAGCAUGAGGAGUUCUACCGCUUCAUAGCGCAGGCUUACGACAAGCCCCGCUAUGUCCUGCACUACAAGACCGAUGCGCCCCUCAACAUCCGCAGCAUCUUCUACGUGCCUGAGCAAAAACCAUCCAUGUUUGACAUCAGCAGGGAACUGGGUUCCAGCGUUGCCCUCUACAGCCGCAAAAUUCUCAUUCAAACCAAAGCUGCAGACAUCCUGCCUAAAUGGUUGCGCUUCCUUAGAGGUGUUGUGGACAGUGAGGAUAUACCCCUGAACCUCAGCAGAGAACUGCUGCAGGAAAGUGCCCUCAUCAGGAAGCUCCGAGAUGUUUUGCAGAAGAGAUUGAUUAAAUUCUUCGUUGACCAGAGCAAGAAGGACCCUGAGAAAUAUGCAAAAUUCUUUGAGGACUAUGGAGUAUUCAUGAGAGAGGGAAUUGUCACGAUAGCAGAGCAGGAUGUCAAGGAGGACAUUGCGAAGCUGCUGCGUUACGAAUCGUCUGCCCUGCCUGCAGGCCAGCUGACCAGCCUGACCGAGUACGCCUCCCGCAUGAAGGCGGGGAGCAGAAACAUCUAUUACCUGUGUGCACCCAACCGACACCUGGCCGAGCACUCACCUUACUUUGAGGCCAUGAAGAAAAAGGACAUGGAGGUCCUGUUCUGCUAUGAGCAAUUUGAUGAGCUGACGCUCCUGCACCUUCGGGAGUUUGACAAGAAGAAGCUCAUCUCGGUGGAGACAGACAUUGUUGUUGAUCACUAUAAGGAAGAGAAGUUUGAGGAGAGCCGCUCAGCUGCAGAACGUCUGACAGAUGUAGAGGCUGAGGACCUGAUGGCCUGGAUAAGAAAUGCCUUAGGCUCUCGAGUCACUGGUGUUAAGGUGACCACACGGCUGGACACCCACCCCGCCAUGAUCACUGUGCUUGAGAUGGGGGCCGCCCGCCACUUCCUUCGCAUGCAGCAGCUGGCCAAGACCCAAGAGGAGCGUGCCCAGCUCCUUCAGCCCACCCUGGAGAUCAACACUGGGCACACUCUUAUUAAGAAGCUGAACGAGCUGAAGGACAGUCAGCCUGAUCUGGCCCAGAUGUUGCUUGAUCAGAUUUAUGAGAAUGCCAUGAUAGCAGCAGGACUGAAUGAAGAUCCCAGACCAAUGGUGAGCCGGCUGAAUGAACUCCUCACCAAAAUCCUGGAGAAAAACUGAGCUCUAGAAGACCUAAGGGUGAACUCUGUGCUGAUAUCUCUUUCCUCAAGUACAGUCACCGUGUCAGCUAUUGCAGCAUCUGCUUGCACACACUGUACAGUGAGGGGUUCACCUGGCAGAUAGCCAUGGAGAGUGCAGGGGACUUCCAACCACCACUGCACAGGUAGGAGCCAGUUGUAAUUACUGGGUCAUGCCAUCAGCCUGCUCAAAGUGCACUGUUCUUAGUGGGAGCAAAAUCCAGAGAGGACAGCUAAAACAAUAUGCAUAACAUUCUGACACAACCCUUGAGAACCUCCUUUCAUACCAUUUCUAGAAAUGACCUUUUCCAAAACAGGUGUUGGCAGCAAGAGUCCCAGCUAAGUCUGUGAUAUACCCUCUGUCUGCUGAAGAAUGAAUUUUUGUGCUCUGUGCUCUGCACUAGCACUGGCAGAAUCCAUUAAUUUGUCAAGAAGCUUCCACCUCUAAUCAGGCCCAGAGAUUGAUUGCUGCCAUUAGCAGACAGAUACUGCUGGUGGAACGUGUCGGUACAAUCCCAUGGCAGAAAAGAUCACCAAGCUGCUGGACAGUUGAGUUCAUCCUUGCCUUGCUGCAGAGAAAGGGAAGGAACUGGGAAACAGCUUUUCAGUGUAUGGCUUUCUGGAGCCUCUCCAGGUUUUUUUUUUUAUCUCUUCUGUGGGAUAAAUUGCUUGUCUAGCUGACCUGUAUUUAUGGGAAAUAAAUGCUGCUUCUUUUCCAAAGCCCUCCA